UGCCACAGCUGAACAAGUGCUGAACAGCACUGGGCCAAUCUUGUUCUAUACAUCGCGUAUCUUAAUCAGUGAUCUAAUAUCAUGACUUUUUGCGGAUACUUACCAUAUUCCGGGCCUCCAAUGGUUGUGGAACACGAAAUAUCACUCAAAUUCACGUCUAGUCCUGCUCAUGACUCGGAAGUUUACGACAACAUUCGAACACCGCGCGUGCCUGCUAGCGGCAUCCCUAUUGAAAUUGUGCUGACCAUCUUGGAGACCGCGUACUUCGAUGAUAGAGGUGGUCCUGACAUCGACCUCUUAAGCAAGUGCACACUUGUUUGCAAAGCAUGGUCGCUCCAUGCUCAAAAGCUUUUGUUUCGACGAGUUCGCCUCCGCUCGCAUUCGGCGUUUGCUUCGUUUACUCACGCUGUCAACCGGAAUUCUCCGCAAGGGCGAAUACUCGGUGACGCCGUUAUUCAAAUGCGUGCUGUCCUUGAUUAUAACCAGCCUGGUUGCCUCAAUCAGUCGUCGCUCGCCGUUGCAGUGGCUAAUUGCCCCAAUUUGUACGAGCUUGACCUUGCUCAGUACGGGUACGUGGCUGCUGGUAAAGAUGUCGUUGGAAGUCCUGCUCAAGAACGCAUGCGGCGUCCCGCCCCGUCUUUUGACGAGCAUUCUCUAGCAUUACUUAUUGCUGGCCCGCACAUCACGGCUUUGAGCUUCAGCAACUGGUCGGAGAACAAUCAGUCCCUUCUCCAACUUCUUGAAGUUUGGCCUUCUUUGAAAUCACUCUCCAUCACUGGAACAUCUCCCGUUCUAUCCCCUGGCAUGACGUAUCCACCAUUCCCCUGCGCUCUGGAAGAACUGCGCUUGAACUGCCAAAGAGAACCUGCCAAGGAAUUUCUUGACUGGCUCUUGCAUUGCUCCGCGGAAGAAAAGAGUUUACGAGUCAUUGACCUAGAACGUCAGCCAAGUCCCGAACUUUUAGACUUCCUCGUCGAGAAGCACGGCGAAACGUUGCACUCGCUGGCCAUUCCAUCUUUUGCCACGCAUGAACACGCACAUGCGGCGAUGCGAUGCCGCUCUCUUCGUGAGCUUCGCACCGAGAGCUCAUGGUCUUCUCCUGUCAUUUGCCGUCAAAUGCCAGAGACCAUACAACACCUAGCAUUCGGGCUGGACCUGGAUACCCUUCUCAAUCCUAUCGUUGAUCUCGUCAAGACUCGGGACGACCUGCAAGCAGUAACAGUUAACCUUUGGCGCGACGGCCACCGUCAUCCCCAGUUCGCAUCUCUCCAGAUGGCGUGCGCAUACCGCGGUGUUGAUCUCCGUCUAACGCGGGAUGUGCGAAGGAUGCGCUUGUUGGUACGCGGGGAUCCAGUUGUGCCGCCGACGUACCCGCGCACUCAUACUCUCGACAGCAUGCAACCUGCUAUCUGCCCUGUUUUUGUGGCAUAAUCCGACGAUUGUGAUUCCGUCAUGACACUUGAAGAAUUCCAUUACCUACGAGUACCAAUAUAUUUGUCAAUACUGUGACACGACCCCCCAUUCUACGUCGGCUUUUGCAUUAUCAUGAUCAUCUUCUAAUCACACCCUAUUCAUUUAUGAAUAUUUUCUAUUGUAGCUGUCGGAAUACGUAUCAGCCUAUACAUACAUCAAUAUGACAGAAUUAUUACUCUACUGCACAUAACGAGGGCUCGACCAUUGAUUCAUGCAAUAAUAUCUUCUUGAUCACGG